AACAGAGAUGUCUUGGUUUGGCUUCGGUGGUAAGAAGGAGGACACACAAGAAAGCUCAUAUGAUUUCUCAAGCUCAGCCAGCGGAUUUGAGGAAAGCGGAGGAGGGGUUGGCGCGUAUGACUCCUCACUGGGCGGGGGCGGUAUGGGAGGGCUCGGGGCCGGGGGCGGAGGACAGCUCGAAGAGCUGGUCAUGGCGGAGCAGCAGAAGGCGCUGGUCCAAUCUGUGAUCGCGCGCUUGACAGAGAUGGCAUUUGAAACCUGCAUCACUAAGCCGGCAUCCUCCUUAUCAAGCGGGGAGCAGAGCUGCAUACAGGCGACUGUGGCAAAGUACCUGGACACGUCUGAGUUUGUGCUGGGACGUGUGCAACGAUCGGCGCAGCGCGGUCAGGGGGGCGGUAUGCAGUAGGACGGAGGAGAGAGGUUGGAGGGAGAAGGACAAGAAUAGCGAGGGAGAAAGGAAGACAAGCAACGCCUUCACAGGCAGAAACCUGCG